AACAGAGUGAGAGAGAAAAGAGGGAGCCUGUUUCGUUCCAAACAGCACUGAAGAAAUGACUAAAGAAGAAGACUUUAAGCUCCUUAAAAUCCAGACUUGUGUUCUCAAAGUGAACAUUCACUGUGAUGGGUGUAAGCAGAAAGUGAAGAAACUCCUUCAGAGAAUUGAAGGUGUUUACCAAGUUCAAAUAGAUGCAGAACAGCAGAAAGUAACAGUUUCAGGUAGUGUGGAUUCUGCAACUUUGAUCAAGAAACUGGUCAGAGCUGGUAAAUAUGCUGAGCUCUGGUCUCAGAAAUCAAAUCAGAACCAAAAGCAGAAGAACAACAGUGCCAAAGAUGACAAGAACAAAGGGCAAAAGCAAGGACUGGUGAAGGGGCUUGAGGCUUUCAAAAAUCAGCAGAAAUUUCCUGCUGUUAGUUCUGAAGAGGAUGAUGACUACUACGACUAUGAUGAUGACGAAGAUGAUGAAGAUGAAGAGAUGCGGUUCAUCAGGGAGAAAGCCAAUCAACUGCACUUGCUCAGGCAGCAAGCAGCUGCUGAGGCAAAUAAUGUGAAAAAAGGUAUUGGAGCCAUUUCUGCAGUUUCCAACAAUGGUAAGAUGAACAACAAUGCUGGCAAUGCCAAUGGUGGCAAGAAAGGAGGCCCAAAUCAGAAUAUGGGAAUGAAGGACAUCCCUGGUGGGCUUGAUCAGAAAACCUUAGCAGCUUUGAAAUUGAACAAUGCCCACUUGGGUGGUGAAACCCUCAAUCUUGGAGAAGCCAAAAGGGCAAAUGACAUUGGAGCUAUGAUGAGUUUAGCUGGGUUUAAUGGGAAUGGUGCUAAUGUAGGUAGUGCUACUGUUCUUGGGGGAAAUUCCAAUGGUUUCGGAGGUUUUCCUGUUCAGUCCAACAAUAUGAUUCCUGGAUCAUCAAAUGGUGGUUUUGCUACAGGCCAAUAUCCAUCAUCUAUGCCAAUGAACAUGAAUGGCUUCAACAACCAUCCAUCCCCAUCACCAUAUAUGAUGAACAUGAACAUGCAGGCAAGGCAAGCCAUGCAGCAACAACAACCCCAGAUGAUGUAUCACAGGUCCCCUUUUAUUCCUCCUAAUACUGGCUAUUACCACAGUCAUAACUAUAGCCCUGCAAAUUACUCUUACGCCUACCCUAGUUAUCCCGGGGAUGAUCACUCUGCUGCACACAUGUUCAGUGAUGACAAUACUAGCAGCAGCUGUUCUAUAAUGUAACAAUAGAUUGUAGAGCUAAAAUGUGAAAAAAAAAAAAGCAAGAAAGGAACAAAGCAUGUUGGUUUGACCUUAAAAGUAGUCCCAUUUACCAAGCUAGUAUAGCGUUUGACUGUAAUUUGGUGGGGGAAGAUGAAUGUGU